ACCAACAGUACCAUAGUGUUGAGGUAAAGAGGGUUUAAGUUGAGUGAACCCAAGAAUAGGACUAUAUUUGAUGGGUUUAGUUAACACGUUCACUCUAAACACAAAUUCUUAUGUUCUGAUGGAGUAACGGAAAAAGGAAUGAUUGUAUUGAAAUAAUGGAAUGAUUUAAUAGAGUAUCUUGUUGGAUUGUUUGUGUAGGAACCUGACUACCUAGAUACAACCGAUCCAUUUUCACAAUCUGGAACAACAUCCACACACAUCAAAAGUCUGGAACAUCGCCCACACAAACUGUGAGGACAGCAACAUCACCCACACAAACUGUGAUUACAGCAACAUCACCGACACACUUUGUAAGGUCAGGUACACCACCCACACAAACUGUAAAGCUAAGAAGCCACCCACACAAACUGUAACACUAAGAAGCCACCCACUGUAAAACUAAGAAGCCACCCACUGUAAAGCUAAGAAGCCACCCACUGUAAAGCUAAGAAGCCACCCACUGUAACACUAAGAAGCCACCCACUGUAAAGCUAAGAAGCCACCCACUGUAAAGCUAAGAAGCCACCCACUGUAAAGCUAAGAAGCCACCCACUGUAAAGCUAAGAAGCCACCCACUGUAAAGCUAAGAAGCCACCCACACAAAGUGUAAAGCUAAGAAGCCACCCACUGUAAAGCUAAGAAGCCACCCACUGUAACUCUAAGAAGCCACCAUGUCAGCUUGUAUAUCAGGAUGCGAGCUCAGAGAUCGACUCUACACCAACCAGGCCAUGGCCAACUGCCAACAGGUUAUCCACGGUCACCCCAGGGACAUGACCUACAUCCCCAUAUGCCCCCGACCCCAGCGGUACCCCAGCACGAAGAACCCAGACUGUGCCUGCCCCCGCACCGAGCCCUACCGGUGCUGCUGUAUGCCCGGGGUCAUAGAGACCCGUAUCGUCAGGCGACCCGUCAAGUGCGUCAAGCCCCCUUGUUGCUACUCCAUCCCAGCCAUCCCGUGCAACGAUCCUCCCAAAAGCCCAAAGCCUCCCAAGAGAGACCCGCUGUGUUUUGAUUGGUCGGUUGAGGAGCCAGGUAUAAAUGACAGCUACGGGCUGAGAGGUCUCAACUGGUACGAUUGGACGAUGGGCAAAACAAAGGUCGCACAACCAGUCAGGAGCAACCCCAACAUUCACCCAGGCCUGGACCAGAAGACCAUCAACAACAGCAUGGACCACCUGAUCUGCAGGCUGCCUCUCAUGUGCUAUGCCAGACACCCGGCGCCCUGCCACCCGGCGCCCUUUGCCGGUGACGUCAACUACUUCCGUGACUGGCGCUGCUGUGACGCCAAGCCUCCCCCCGCCUGGAAGCCCCCUUACGCCCACUGGGCCACGAACCAGCACCUUUGACACUCCUCUCUCCUUGUUACAGAUCUUAGCCUCAUGUCUUAGCUUCCUGUAGCACAGAGCCUCACACCCAACUUUGUACAGACCCACGUAGUUAUAAAACACUAUUGCUCCAAGCUGUAGAACAGUAGUCUUAGAACAAAUCAACAACGGCUGUUCGCAGCUGUGGAACAUUUCAAUCACGGCUUCACACGGCGACAGCUACACAUCAGAAUGUAUGUCUCUCUGACAAACUCACAGGUGUAGCCAAAUAUUGAUUUCCGAUCGAACGAUUGAAAUAAAAUACCUGUUCAUGUGACUUGGUUGGGGUGUUGGAAGGGGUUGGUUGUGUUUUGACUCGACAACAAACAAACAAACAAACAACAUUAAUACCAAGCACGAACAACGUUCUAACAAAACAUGUAUCACAAUAAAAUUCGCACUUGUUAAAACA